GUUUGACCAGACAGCACAUCUAGAAUGAAUACCUAUCAGGGACAAAUUUACAGUUCCUGAAGUUUGUGCGGGAUAGUUUGAGGAUGUCUCUUAACGGCUCUGCUGAGGUGUCCCCCACACUCUAUCCCGUGGACAACUGCACCAACAUUGAGGGAUUCUGGGAGCUGCUGGCCACCCUGCAGCCAAUAUACCUCACCCUCAUCAGCGCCAUCGGGCUUCUGGGCAACAGCUUCGUGCUCUGCAUCUUCUGUCUCCAGAGGAAAGCAUCCUGCUCCGUGCCGGAUGUCUACCUGGGCAACCUGGCCGCGGCGGACUUGGUCCUGGUCAUAUGCCUGCCCUUCUGGGCGGUCACUAUCGCCAACAACUUUGACUGGGUGUUCGGCGUGCUAUUCUGCAAGCUGGUCAGCGUGGCCAUCUACAUGAACUACUUCUGCAGCGUGCUCUUUUUGGUGCUGGUGAGUGUGGACCGUUACCUGGCCCUGGUCCAGCCCAUGCGACCCAGCUGCCUGCGGCGGGCGCCCUGGGCCAAGCGCAUUUGCCUGGCCAUCUGGCUCCUGGGCCUGCUGCUUAGCCUGCCCGUGCUGCUCUUUCGCACGGUGGCGUAUGUGCCCGAGGCCCGUGCGAGCGCCUGCUUCCUGGCCUACCCGCACCAGGGCUGGCGCGUCCAGCACAACAUUACGGUCAACGUGGUGGGCUUCCUGGUGCCGCUGCCCGUGGUGACCGUCUGCACGUAUCACAUCAUCAAGGCGCUGAGGAACGGUGGCCCGGUGGGCGUGGCGGCGCGCGGCAUGAGGAAUGAGAGGAAGGCAACGCAGCUGGUGCUCGCCGUCCUCAUCGUCUUCGUCUUCUGCUGGAUGCCCUACCAGGUCAUGCGGGCGCUGGACACUAUAGACUACUUCCGGGUCAAAACGAGUUGCUGGUGGGGAGACUUCAUGGAUGUGAGCGAGCAGCUGGUCGUCUACUUGGCCUACAGCAACAGUGCCGUUAACCCCUUCCUCUAUGUGAUCGUGGGGAAACACUUCCGAAGGAAGGCCAGAGCCGUGUUAAAGCAGUGCUGGCCUUACAGGUCAAAAGGCAAUGCUUCGUUUUCAGGCAACGCCUCGUCACUGAGCAGAGAAACACGAAAGAUAUCUCUUAACCGUAUUGAUAAAUUAAUGUGCUAA